GCUCGGAUCUGGGUGCUGUGACGUAGAGCCGUGUCCUCCGUCUUCACUCUGUACUGUCGUUUAAAUGGGGAAAAGAAAAGAUAUGAUUCACCCCAGGUUUAUAGGUGAAAGCAGCUCCAGUCUGCACAAUGUUCACAAGCGCAAACACAAGAAACACAAGAAACACAAAAAGAAGCAUCACAGUUUCACACAAGUCCCAGAGCCGGAGCCUGUGGUUGUUCCUCGGCCUCCACCGCAGCUGCGUCUCAAGAUCAAACUGGGAGGACAGACACUGGGGACCAAGAGUGUUCCCACCUUUACUGUGCACCCUGGAGUGGCCUGUCCUCCAUCUCCUCUGACUAUAAUUAAUAAUGAUGACGAUGAUGAUGAUGAUGAUGACGACGACGACGAUGAUAUAGAUGAACAUUCUGUUCCUCUGGAGCAAUAUAGAGCCUGGCUGGAUGAAGACAGCAACCUGGGGACAUCUCCUCUUCCAGACAUGGACUCUGAUUCCAUGCUAGGGGCGCCUGUAGAUGAGGAGGAGCGCUGGCUUGAUGCUCUGGAGAAGGGAGAGCUUGAUGACAACGGGGAGCUGAAGAAAGAGAUCGAUGAGUCUCUGCUCACAGCCAGACAGAAAGCCCUGUUACACAAGCAGCAGAGCCAGCCACUGCUGGAGCUCCCCAUGGGCUACAAAGAGAAGGAGAUGACCGCAGAGAUGAUGCAGAAACGGGAGGAACGAGCCAGAAAGAGACGUCUGCAGGCCGCCAAGAAGGCAGAGGAGAACAAGAACCAGACGAUAGAGAGGCUGACGAAAACCAGCAAGGCCAAGAUCAAGAGCUUGAAAGAGAAGAAGUCCAAGCAGAACCAGUGUCCUAUGGUCCGCUACAGUGACUCAGCCCAGGGCGUGGCCAUAUCCUUCCCUGCCGGGGUCUCUGCUCCUGCCGUUGUUCCUCCACGUCCUCCACCUCCGGCCCCACUGAGCUGUGGCAUUAGCGGUUGCACCAACCUUAAGAAAUACUCCUGCUCAAAGACGGGCGUUCCUCUCUGCAGCCUGGAAUGUUACCAGAGGAACCUGCUGCUGCUUCAGAGUGCAGCCUGAACAAUGAGGAGAUACAGAUGUGCAUUAGCAUCAUGAUGGUCGUCGUCGUCACGAUCAUCAUAAGACCCGUGUCACUGCUUAUGCAGGUGAAGAUGUUGUUUUUAAGAGGGACAGGUUGUGACAGGGUUAAGACAAAACCUGGAACGAGUUCUUCAUCAGUGGUCUCUACAUUAACAUGAUGAAAUGAUGAAAGACAUUGUAGAAAUAAUUAGUUUUAAGACAAAAGGUCAAAGUGAAAAACGUUUUAGUUUUAAUUAAUGCUCACAUUAAUCAAUUUUAUAUACAAACUGUACAGGCUUAAGUUAAUAAACGUGGCUUUGUCCUGACACUU